GCCCAACCCAUGCUGCGCCGAGUACGAAUAUUAGCCCUUGUACUUUGUACCAUAUUCGGCGCUGUCGCUCUCAGCGUUAGCGCAGCCAUCGUCUUGUGGGACUCAUGGACUUCCUGCAUGGGCAUCACAGUGGGCGUGCUGGUAGUUGCGAUAUGCCCCACGGCCCUGGGGAUUGACUCGUUCCGGAGAGGAGUCUUCACUUCGUGGACGAGUGUUGAGCUGGGAUGGAUGGGCUUGUUGUGGGUGUUAUCAUUGACUGCGGGUGCGGUAGCGAUCAACGACUGGGAUGCACAGUGUCGACGUGUAUAUUGUGUUGAAGAAGUGGGUUAUUAUAACUCCUGCUCCGGCCCACCCAUCACCGUUUGUCGGCAGAUGCAAGCUAGUGCCGCGGUUAGCCUCAUGAACUGCAUCAUCCUGUUCAUCCUCUGGUCAUGGACGUUAUACAUCGGCAUCCGAGCACAGGUGGACGGGGACCCGUUCAUCUGGACAUCGCCAGCGCACGAGUACGAGUUCAUACCGACGUUCCCAAAAGGGAACAGGGAUGCCAAGAUGAUGCCUCAUGGCGAUAUACCGCUAUCGGAUCGGACUGCUUCGCCCAUGCCUGCGCCCUCCCCGGUCGUACCCCCAGCUGAGCUUGCACUCACCAUGCCAGCGCAGCCCCCCGACGCCCCUGCUGCGUCACCUACGACGGCACCCACAUCCGGUGAACAAGCGGCAUGAUAUGUCUUUCGCGAUAGCUUCUUUCUUUUGCGUUACGGACUGUCAGCUAUAUAACUU